AUGUUGGGGUCUCUGGGGCUUUGGGCACUGCUUUUCUCAGCGGCACAGGCACCCCCAAGCAGGAGGGCCUGUAUAUUCUUUGAAGCCCCUGGAGUGCGGGGAAGCACAAAGACACUGGGUGAGCUGCUAAAUGCAGGACCAGGGUCCCCCAGGGUUAUCCGAUGCCUCUACAGCCACUGCUGCUUUGGGAUCUGGAACCUGACCCAAGACCAGGCACAGGUGGAGAUGCAAGGAUGUCGAGACAGUGAUGAGCCGGACUGUGAAUCUCCUCAUUGUGACCCAAUACCCAGAGCCCACCCCAGCCCUGGCUCCAUUCUCUUCACCUGUUCCUGUGGCACUGACUUCUGCAAUGCCAAUUAUAGCCAUCUGCCUCUUCCCGGGAGCCUUGAAAAUACCAGCUCCCAGGGUCCCCAAACCACCCCAGGGGAGUCCAUCUGGAUGGCGCUGAUGCUGCUGGGGCUGUUCCUCCUCCUCCUGCUGCUUCUGCGUAACAUCAUCUUGAGCCUGCUUCAGCGAAAGGCCUGCAGAGUACAAGGAGUGCCAGAGCCAGAGCCAGAUUUAGGCAAAGACUGGAGUGAAGAGCUGCCGGAGCUGCCGGAGCUGCCGGAGCUGCCAGAGCUGCCAGAGCUGUGCUUUACCCAGGUCCUGCGUGAAGGAGGCCACGGAGUGGUGUGGGCUGGGAAACUGCAUGGGGAACCUGUAGCCAUCAAGGCCUUCCCACCGAGGGCUAUUGCCCAGUUUCGAUCCGAGCGAGCGCUGUAUGAGUUGCCCAGCCUAAAGCAUGAGCACAUUGUCCGCUUUAUCACUGCCAGCUGGGGCAGCCCUGGUCCUCUGCCCUAUGGGCCUUUGCUGGUGCUGGAACUGCAUCCCAAGGGUUCCCUAUGCCACUACCUGACCCAGAAUACCAUUGACUGGGAAAGUUCCCUGCGGAUGGCACGGUCCCUAGCCCAGGGCCUGGCAUUUCUCCAUGAAGAACACUGGCAGGAUGGUCAAUAUAAACCAGGCAUUGCCCACCGAGACCUGAGUAGCCAGAAUGUGCUCAUUCGGGAAGAUGGGUCAUGUGCCAUUGGAGACCUAGGCCUUGCCUUGGUGCUCCCUGGCCUCACUCAGCCCCCUGCCUGGGCCCCUACUCAACCCCAAGGCCCAGCUGCCAUCAUGGAGGCUGGUACCCAGAGAUACAUGGCACCAGAGCUCUUGGACAAGACUCUGGACCUUCAAGACUGGGGCACAGCGCUCCGGCGAGCUGAUGUGUACUCUCUAGCUCUGCUCUUGUGGGAGAUAUUAAGUCGCUGCCCAGAUUUGCAGCCUGAGAGAAGACCACCACCCUUCCAACUGGCCUAUGAGUCAGAGCUGGGCGGUACCCCUACUACUUGUGAGCUAUGGGCCUUGAUAGUGGAGGAGAGAAGACGCCCUUCCAUCCCACCUAGCUGGUGCUGCUUUACCACAGAACCUGGUGAACUGAGGGAGCUUCUAGAGGACUGUUGGGAUGCAGACCCUGAAGCACGGCUGACAGCAGAGUGUGUGCAGCAGCGCCUGGCCACCUUGGCCCAUCCUCAGGAAGACCAGCCUUACCCAGAAGCCUAUCCAUAUGGCUGUAUACCUCUCUGCCCAGAGGUGACUGUUCCUCAACUCCUGUCCCCAGCCAUGCUCCUCUGUGCUUCAACUGAGAGUCAGCCACUGCCUGCUCAGCAAGGCCCUUGUAUCAGGAGCCUUCCUCCUUCCUGCACCCUGUCUCACUUUUAA